AUGUUGGCGGCGCCCUGCUCCGCCCGACGCGGCCCCUUCAAGCGCCGCGCCGCCGCCGCCGCAGCCGCAGCCGCGCGCCCCCCCGAGCGCGGCCGCCGCCGCUCCGCCGAGAGCUCCGAGACGCAGCGCCGAGGCGCGCGGGCCAUCCCGGGGGAGCGCGACGCGGGGCACGGCCGGACCCGGGGAGGGGCGGGCGCGGGGCGGGGCGCGGCAGCGGGAGGAGGCCGCGGGCCCAGGCGCCGCUCUAGCCGCUCGGGCCGGGCCGUGCGCGCAGCACCGCGGCCCCUCGCGGCCACCGGGAGCCGGGCAGCGUCGCCAUCUUCAGCCCUUGGGGGCCGCGCCCGGGAUGUAAGGCCGUUGCAAACGCGAGCUGGGAGCCGGGCAGGGGCGUUUUACAAAGGCGAUCGGCUCUGGGCUCCCGGCACCCGGGACCCGGAAAGGGGCGUUUUACAAAGGCGAUCGGGCCCCGGGCUCCGGGCACCCGGGGUAGGGGCGUUUUACAAAGGCGAUCGGCCCCGGGCUCUGGGCAGCUGGGACCCGGGAAGGGGCGCCCUGCAAAGGCGAUCGGCCUUGGGCUCUGAGCAGCUGGGCCUGGAGAAGAGUACCGUUGCUUUCCCUGCUCAGGAGCCUACGGGGACCUCACGGGCACCGCGUGGAGCUCGAGUCACCUUCAGGGGCCGCUGUCACCCUCACAGCCAGGGCACUGGGGCGGUAUGA